CUGAGAUCUGUGUCUGUGGACCUGAAUGUUGACCCUUCGCUUCAGAUCGACAUACCCGAUGCACUCAGUGAAAGAGAUAAGGUCAAGUUUACAGUACACACCAAGACCACACUGCCCACAUUCCAGAGCCCAGAAUUUUCUGUUACAAGGCAGCAUGAAGACUUUGUGUGGCUGCAUGACACUCUUACAGAAACAACAGAUUAUGCCGGGCUUAUUAUCCCUCCUGCUCCUACAAAGCCAGACUUCGAUGGCCCUCGAGAGAAGAUGCAGAAACUGGGAGAAGGUGAAGGAUCUAUGACAAAAGAAGAGUUUGCUAAGAUGAAGCAAGAACUGGAAGCUGAGUAUCUCGCUGUCUUUAAGAAGACUGUGUCUUCCCAUGAAGUCUUUCUUCAGCGGCUUUCUUCUCACCCUGUUCUCAGUAAAGACCGAAACUUUCAUGUUUUCCUGGAAUAUGAUCAGGAUCUAAGUGUUAGGCGGAAAAAUACCAAAGAGAUGUUUGGUGGCUUUUUUAAGAGUGUGGUGAAGAGUGCUGAUGAAGUCCUUUUUUCUGGAGUGAAGGAGGUGGAUGACUUUUUUGAACAAGAAAAGAACUUCCUUAUUAACUAUUACAACAGGAUCAAGGAUUCCUGUGCUAAAGCUGACAAAAUGACCAGAUCUCACAAAAGUGUUGCUGAUGACUACAUCCACACUGCAGCCUGCUUGCAUAGCCUGGCUUUAGAAGAACCCACAGUCAUUAAAAAGUACCUAUUGAAGGUUGCAGAGCUAUUUGAAAAACUGAGGAAAGUGGAAGGUCGAGUCUCAUCAGAUGAAGAUUUAAAACUCACAGAGCUCCUCCGAUACUACAUGCUCAACAUAGAGGCUGCAAAGGAUCUCCUUUACAGACGCACAAAAGCCCUAAUUGACUAUGAGAAUUCAAACAAAGCUUUGGACAAGGCCCGGUUAAAAAGCAAAGAUGUCAAGUUGGCUGAGACUCACCAGCAGGAAUGCUGCCAGAAGUUUGAGCAGCUUUCUGAAUCUGCUAAAGAAGAACUGGUAAACUUCAAGCGGAAGAGAGUGGCAGCAUUUAGAAAGAACCUAAUUGAAAUGUCUGAACUGGAAAUAAAGCAUGCCAGAAACAAUGUCUCCCUCUUGCAGAGCUGCAUUGACUUAUUCAAGAACAACUGAUGUGUCUUUACUCUGAAGAAUACCAAUGUGAAAGCCAGCAUCACUUGCACAUAAAUCACUAUUGCAAAAGAAAUAGCUUUGACUAGUUUAAAAAUCAUGUGAAUAAAUAUUUUGAUUUCUAAAAAUCUUAACAUUUAA